UGGUCUUUCAAAUACUGGGUAGGCUAAGAAAGCACCAUGAAAAUGCAGCACAUUAGUGCUCUGGUCUUGUUUAUGCUGGUGACCGUGUGUUAUGCUAGAAGCACCACAGUCCCUGCUGCGGUCGUUCAACCUAUAUGUUGCAAUGGUAGAGAACGUGAAGUAAGUGUGGCACUGGACCUGAUUAACAAGGACAGAGAUGAAGGCUAUGUGUUCAGCCCUUUGCGUGUAGCUGCAGCAUAUGAGCAACCAGGGAAGUGGGGAAGAGGCUCCAUAUAUUAUCUUACCAUUGAUGUUUUGGAGACGGAAUGUUCUGUUCUGAGUGGAAAAUCGUGGCAAAACUGUUCUACGGAUAUACCAUUACAUGAAAAGGUGUUUGGACAAUGUAAAGUCAUCAUGUACAUAGCCAAUGGAUACUCAAAACUGAAGAGUUACAACUGUACCACUAGCGCAAUUCCUUCCAGGGUGAUACAUCGGAUGUGUCCUGAUUGCCCCAGCAGAAUAAAGGAUAUUACGCCCGAGAUCAAAGCAAAGGUUCAGCUUAUGCUUGACAAAUUCAACGAGAACAACACCAGACACUUCGAAAUUUAUCAUAUAGAAAAAGUAACAAUGCAGUGGGUUGUUGGUGCAUCGUAUUUUGCUGAGUUUACCAUAAAAGAAAAUACCUGUCAGAAAACACAGCAUGAAACUAUUAACCCUUUAAUUUGUGUUUUUCCAAAAGAGGGUGAAGCGGCUGUUGGGUUUUGCAAAGGUAGUUUAUUUGAACGUUCUAUUUCAAAGGAAAAUGUAGCUGUAUCCUGUGAAACAUAUGAACCUAAGAAUGAUAAUCAUCAUCAUCAUCAUGAUAAACAUGGUAAGUGUCCAGCAGAAACAGAAGGUCCUACACAUGGAGUGGAACAGGUCAAGCAUGAUGACCAAGGACAAAGCAAAAAUGAAACAGGGGGGCAUCAUCACAGGCAUUGUCAUCCACACAGAGGUCAAAAGCAUCAUCAUCGUCAUCAUCAUCCUGACCAUCAUCAUCAUCAUCAUUCUGACCCUCACCAUCACCAUCGUCAUCCUGAUCACUCCCACCAUCAUCAUCACGAUGACAAACAUAAUCGCCAUAAUAACACGUCAUCAGAAGGACAUGGUAGUUCAUCUGAAGAAAACAUUGACAAAAAGUCAAUUGACAAAAAGCCCCUAGGGUCAGUUGAAUUUUUCUUUCUUGGUGACGGGGAAACUUUGCCAGCUCCAACUAUAAGUUUUCAAAAGCCUCCUUCCCAUGGAAAAAUGGAAAUUAUUUUUCCAGAUACUAUUUCUCCACUAAAAGUAUGCCCAGGAGAAUCAAAGGUGAACUUACCAGAUAUUAUUGCUCUUUUGCCUCAUGCAUAAAAUAUGGUAAAAUAUAACAUACAAUGUUACUUAACUCAAUUAAAGGUACAUUGAUGAUUUUUCCACCUAAAA